UUCUUCUCAUUUCUGCAUCUCUAGACAGAGGUUGAGAUAACAAGAAACCCAAUAUUGUACUUUUUCUCUCUUAAAAAAUCAUCUCUCAAACACAGAGAAUCCCAGGAAACCAUAAAAAAGAAAAGAAAGGAAAAAAGGAAUUGAAAAGAAAGCUUGCAGAAAGAGGUCGAGAUGUGGAUUUCGGUUGAAAGCCAUGCUCCAUGCAAAUCCUCUGCAAGUUUCUCUUCCGCAAAUCACUGUAAAAUCUACGCCUUUAUUAUGCUAUAGUUGCAGGAUUUAAGACACAUUGCUGAUUUGGCUGUGGAUCGUGAUAUAGUCAUUAUAAUCUUAUUGCCAUGCUGUGCUUGCUUCACUCUCUCUAGGAUGAUGGAUUAUUAAUUUCAAGCAUAUUGGAAGAUUUCAGCAUUAUUUGGGGAUUUGGCUUGAGUAGGCUUUUCUUCAUCAUUAUAAAUCAAGCUCGUCAACUAUUUAACAUAUAGGAAUCAGUUAUUGAGUUAAGAAUUACUUCAGCUAUAAGUAGAGGAUCAAAGUUCAAGGAUACUUUCUGGGCGACCAAGAUGUCCGAUGCCAAAGGGAGCCCCUCAGGCAGUGGGGCUGGAGACAUCCUUGCUCUACAUAAGGAGUGGGACGACGCCUCAUGCCCCAUAUGCAUCGAGCACCCCCACAACGCUGUUCUCAUUUUAUGCACCUCCCAUGAAAAAGGCUGCCGCUCCUAUAUGUGCGACACGAGCUACAGGCAUUCAAACUGUCUUGACAGAUUCAAGAAGCUCCGACCUGAAUCUAGGGUUUCCUCCCACUCUUACUCAGAUAGCUCAGAUAGUGGAAGGCAACCAACACACCACCCCUAUGAAUCAGGCUAUUCAAGCCCAAGGACGAGGAGGAGGGUUCCAUCAUGGGUCUCAUCGUCUUCAUUCGGGGAUUUCGGCAUGGAGGAAACAAUUGAUGGGGAUUCGUCAAUUGCGGCGUCAGAGAAUGGAGGGCCCACAUGGGGCACUGACCCUUAUGAGCCUGGUGGACGAGGUGAUGAUUCAGUAAUUGGGAUGUCACUGAAUCAGAGUGGUCCCAUUUGGGCCAAUGGCCCCAGCACUUACAGUGGUCCCAGUGGUCUUGGCAGGCCAGUUGGUCUUGGGGAAUCGGGUCUUAGGUGCCCAUUAUGUCGAGGCUUGGUUCUUGGCUGGAAGAUUGUGAAGGAAGCGAGAAGAUACAUGGACUCGAAGCCAAGGAGCUGCUCAAGGGAAUCGUGCACUUUCUCAGGAAACUAUCGGGAGCUCAGGAGGCAUGCAAGGCGGGACCACCCAACCAUAAGGCCCACAGAGGCAGACCCCUCAAGACAACGGGCUUGGCGUCGACUUGAGCACCAAAGGGAGUAUGGAGACAUCGUCAGUGCAAUUCGAUCAGCAAUGCCUAAUGCUAUAGUGCUAGGGGAUUAUGUGAUAGAGGGGGGAGAUGGGUCUCUUGAUGGGCCUGAUGAGCCUGUAAGCUCAGGGGCUGCUAACCCAUGGUGGACAACCUUCUUCUUGUUCCAUAUGAUUGGACCCGUUGAAGAACCGAGGGGACUUUGGCGAGCUUGGAGGAGGCACAGGUUGAGGCCUGGUGGGCUUUCAGCAGCUCGUCGUACCCUUUGGGGAGAGAACCUUCUGGGUCUUAGAGAGGAGGAAGAAGAGGAGGAGGAAGGGGGAAGAAGUGAUGGGGAGGAGGGUGUGUCGGCAUCAACAAGGAGGCGAAGGAGGUUCGCUCGACCUAGACGCCACCCUGAGCUCCCCUAAGAGUGGGUUGAUGCUGGCUGACCUUAGGCUUUCAAAUAUGUACAGGAUUGUGCUCUCUGUGUUUGUUUUUUCUUUUCAUAUUUAUUGGAUUUUACUUUUUAAGAAUCCUGAAGCAAUUGUACUGCAUUUAGUGGGUUUAACAGUUUGAUUCUACUAUCAAAAUUUGGAGAAUUGGGAACACCCUCUUUUUAUGAUUAUAUGGGUUGUAAUACUUUGUCGCACUUGCUGUGGUUAUCCUUUAUGUUGAUCCAUUUUCCCUCAA